UUUUUAUAUAUAAUUUACAACCAACAUAAUGGUAGCAGUAACAGAAGAAACUAGAGUCUACAAAGACAUUAAGACCGCAGUUGGUGGUGUAGUCGAUACUGUUAACAAGCGAGUGUCAGGCAAGGCAUGGAAAAUUCAAAAGACCCCUACUAUCCGUGCUCAAAAGGCAAAGACUCUCCGAAGAACAUGGGAGCAACGCUCAGCUGAACGUACCAGAGAUCAAACUGUCAAAGCACUUGAAAGACAGUUGAAGGAUGAGAAGAAGGCCGAGAAGGAUAGAAAGAGAGAAAUUACUCAAGAGCGCAGAAAAAUUCAAGAAGAAAAAGAGCGCAUGGAGUUACUGGCCACCAAGAUGAACGCAAAGCGUCUUGCUCGUGUCAAGAAGAGAGAGUUGAGAAAGAAGGCUCGCGUCUAAAGAGGGAAAGAGAAAAAGAGAAAAGUGGCGCACAAGAAAAUUGCAACCUUUACCAUCUCGUUUCUUUUCCUCUUCUCUUAUCACAAUUCCUAUUCCUCUUCCUAAUUUGUCUUUUUCUUUUUAAAGAAAAACCUCUGCUCCCCAAAAUACAUUUUUUUUCUCAUUUCCUUUCCUUUCCUCUCCUCUCCUCCUCUUCCCUCUCUGUUUGUCAUCUUUCAUCUUUACCUUCUUCUUAUUCUUCUUCAUUUUCUUCAUAUAGUCGAUUCCAAGCUUAUAGAGCUGUUAGAGAUGCUCUGUGUACCGAUCCACAAAAAAAAGUUAUUGUAUACAUUCUUCCUUAGAAAUUAAAUCAAAUAAAAUAAACGAAUUGCAUAAUU